CUGAACCAAGCAGGGUUACCGCCAUUUAGGUGACGGCUAGGGUCAUAAGUCUGCUCGCAAAGCUAGCGGCCGCAACCUAGGUACACUAGCCAUCCUGCCAGUGAACUAAGAGCGCACGCAGCCAUACAUUAUUCUCCGCAUGACCACUGUUUAUUGUCGAUGCGAACUUGUUCAUCACUUGUUUCCGUAAGUGUAUAGCAAGGACUUUUUGUUGCGUCUUACAAAGACGACAUAGAGGAAACUUCCAUUCCCCAUCUGCAAAAGACGUCAUUUAGCGAGAGGGCUGCCGUUUCAAGAUGGCGGUAGGAUUCUUGGGUCGCAGCGAUCGGGGAUGCUUGCUGGACGCAAGCCCGCGAAAUGCAUGCUGCGCGCUUUCGGCAGGGCCGCUUCCAAACCCAUACGAUAGCAUCGGAGGGAGCUGAGUUUGACGACAACUACCAGAAAAUGGUCGCCGACAUCGAAGAGCAAACGCAGCGCAGCGGCUGGUUAUUCGGGCGAGGAGCUUUCGACAAGGCAGAUCUGCAGUACCUCCGUGACUUCAACAACUCCCUGAGGUACAAGGAGGUGGAGAUCGAGGACAAGGAGAAGGAGCUCUGGGAACGAGAGCGCGCGCGAGUGGAGGCUGAGGCAGCCGCGGAGGCCAGCGCAGCGCUCGUGGCCGCUGCGCUGCUGCCGCGGAGGGGCAGCAGCGGCAACGCCAUCAGCGGAGGUCAGGCAGGCGGCGGCAACGGAGCUAGCGGCGGCGGUGGUGGCGGCGUUGCUGCUGCUGCUGUCAAGGGAGGGCUGCUGACGUCAGCUAGGCCCGCACCGCUGCUGUUGCCGGUCAAAGUCAAACCCGCGGGCUCCAAGCACACGCCGCAGGCGCCGGGCGCCACGUCGCCCCCACCCGCUGCUGCCCGGGAAGGCUCCGUCGCCACUGCCGGCGCCUCCUCCUUCCGAGACAGCAAGCGCUUAAAGACUGACAGCGGCGCGGCAGUCCCCGCCUCCGCCUCCGCUUCCGCUGCACCAGCUGCUGGCAGCCUGCACGUCGCUCGGUCGGAGCCACUAGCGGGCGCUGCUGCUGCCGCUGCUGUCGCUGCGGCGGGUCCUAGUAGCGCCGCUGCAGCCGCCUCCAUAUCCGGUGCGGCAUCCGAUCGGUCGGGAGCAGGGGCUGAGCAGCAGCUGCAGCAGCAGGUGGUGGUGGUAAUGGUUGGCAGGUCGGGUUCAGCGCCGGCGGGGUUGGGGACUGGUGGAAGCAGCAGCGGCGGGAAGGAGGCAGGGACAAGCGGGCUGGCCGGCUUGUUAGGCGGGUACGGUAGUGAUGAGGAUGAGGAUGACGAGGAUGAGGUGGCUAAUGAAGGCCGAGGCGAGGAGGCGGAGGAGGGAAGACGGGUAAGCGGGGUUCACACGGAUGGUGUCAACGGCGCGAUAAUGAUUAAGAGUGAUGGCGGAAAAGGAGCAGCAGCAUCAGCAGCAACAGGAGCGGCGAAGUCGGUGUUGCCGCCUCCGUUAGGUCUUCUGAGCCCUGAGGAGCUCCUGGCUGACCCACGGGUCGUGGCGGAGGGCGUGUUGGCGACCAAGCCUGAGCCGCGGGCUGUGCAAGGCGGAGACGCUUGGGACAGCGAGGAGGCGUCAUCGGACUCGGAAUCGGGGUAGCUUCCGGGUCUGGAGUUAAUGUAGUUGGGGUAGUUUAGGGGUUUCGUGUACGCGUUUGGCGGGGUUCGCUGUUUAAGCAUUUGCUUCCUAGAGAUGUAGUACCGGUACUAUCGCAGGUCUACACUCUACAUGGCUUGCAAAACCAUGGUACCUCCGGUUUCUGUGUGUUCUGUGUUCUGUGUGUUCUGCGAGGCUAGGUUGGAUUACGUCCAUCACCCGCUGGCCAAUACCGGUGCAAGGACCUGAUUGCGUGUUUUCCGUUCUGAAACCCGAACUUGUCGGGCUACAGCAUUAGGUUACUAGGCCGCAUGUACGCAAACCACGUCGUUUUGCACUGCCGGUCCUCGCUAGCCGGUUCGCGCCGCUUUCCUACAAAUCACAAGCAGGUCAGAAGGCUCCCAAUUGCUGGCGUCAGCUGGGAUACAUACAUGCAUUCCAGUAGUCGUACGUGUCCCGCCCGGGGACCUUUGAAAUAGGGUGACACGUCGGCUUUCAUGAACGUUGAGGACGACCUUGCCCUGUCGCAAUGCAAGCAAAUGCGUGGAGGGCGUGGAGAAGGGCGGGCAACGCGCCUCCUUCUGUCGCCUGUGCGAUUGAUGGUUGCGCGUCUUGCUAGGGGUUACACAAGAACCAGCAGGGCAGGGCAGCUUGAGUUGUUUAGAGCCCGUUAAGGGAAUCCAAUGGGUUUGUAAUACGGAAACAUGA